AUGGCCACGACAACCUGUACGCGAUUCACAGACGAGUUUCAGCUUUACGAGGAGCUGGGGAAGGGAGCUUUUUCAGUGGUGCGCAGAUGUGUGAAGCUGUGUACAGGACAGGAGUACGCCGCCAAAAUAAUCAACACCAAAAAGUUAUCUGCAAGAGAUCACCAAAAGCUGGAACGAGAGGCUAGGAUUUGUCGCCUGUUGAAACACUCCAACAUUGUUCGUCUUCAUGACAGUAUAUCAGAGGAGGGUUUCCACUACCUCCUGUUUGACUUGGUGACCGGAGGUGAACUGUUUGAAGACAUCGUAGCCAGAGAGUAUUACAGCGAGGCGGACGCCAGUCAUUGCAUCCAGCAGAUCCUGGAGGCGGUGCUUCACUGCCAUCAAAUGGGCGUGGUGCACCGGGACCUGAAGCCAGAGAACCUGCUCCUCGCAAGCAAAUGUAAGAACGCCGCAGUGAAGCUGGCCGACUUUGGCCUAGCCAUCGAGGUGCAGGGCGAUCAACAGGCCUGGUUUGGAUUUGCUGGCACACCGGGGUACCUGUCCCCUGAGGUGUUGAGGAAGGAGGCAUAUGGCAAACCUGUGGACAUCUGGGCCUGCGGGGUGAUUCUCUACAUCCUGCUGGUGGGUUACCCUCCUUUCUGGGAUGAGGACCAGCACAAACUGUACCAGCAGAUCAAGGCCGGAGCUUAUGAUUUCCCAUCUCCAGAGUGGGACACAGUGACCCCCGAAGCCAAAAACCUGAUCAACCAGAUGCUGACCAUCAACCCAGCCAAGAGGAUCACUGCUCAGGAGGCCCUCAAGCACCCAUGGGUCUGCCAACGGUCCACAGUGGCGUCCAUGAUGCACAGACAGGAGACUGUGGAGUGCCUGAAGAAAUUCAAUGCCAGAAGGAAACUCAAGGGGGCCAUUCUCACCACCAUGCUGGUGUCUCGAAAUUUCUCUGUGGGCAGCAGGCAGACCACCGCUCCAGCCUCUGUAACUGCGGCUGCAGCAGCAGUGGCUGCAGCCGCCGGCACCACCGCAGGGCUGGUGGAACAAGCCAAGAGCUUGCUCAACAAAAAGGCAGAUGUCAAGCCCCAGACAAACAGCACCAAAAACAGCAUAGUCACCAGCCCCAAAGGAAACAUCCCUUCACCUGCUCUGGAACCUCAGACAACCGUCAUCCAUAAUCCGGUGGACAGGACUAAGGAAUCAUCAGACAGCAGCAACACCACUGUGGAAGAUGAAGAUGUGAAAGGAAAGAGCUUAGACAACAGCUCGCUUAAGGCCCAGUCCAGCACAAGCUCCCAGCCUGAUAGCUCUCAGGGCUCCUCAGCUGCUGUGCAUUCUGCAGCAAAGUUUGCUGACCUUCUGGGCUCAGUGCGUAGGGGCUCAGGUCCCGUAGCUGACGGGGAAGGGGGAUCCAGCACUCCACCACCAGCAGCCCUCUCUGCUCCCUCCCCUCCACACACCCCUGCUGUCCCAAUGCAGAUGUCUCGGCUAACAGACCUGGUAAGCAGUGUUCGCAGGGUGUCGGCGGCCGCCGCAUCCGAGGCCGACGCUGCACCGGCACCUGUGCCUAGUGCCAGGCCCACACCUCCGCCUGCACACACCACCUCCCCACCUCCCCCUCACACCCCCAGCCCUUCCCUGUCUUCCUCCCAGACACGCAAGCAAGAAAUUAUCAAGAUUACUGAGCAGCUCAUAGAAGCAAUCAACAACGGAGACUUUGAGGCAUAUGCUAAAAUCUGCGAUCCUGGAUUGACUUCCUUUGAGCCAGAGGCGCUGGGCAACUUGGUGGAGGGAAUGGAUUUCCACAGAUUCUACUUUGAGAACCUUUUGGCCAAGAACAGCAAGCCCAUCCACACCACCAUCCUGAACCCCCACGUCCACCUGAUCGGCGAGGACGCAGCCUGCAUCGCUUACAUCCGUCUGACUCAGUUUGUUGACGGCCAGGGUCGGCCGCGGUCCAGCCAGUCAGAGGAAACUCGCGUCUGGCAUCGCAGAGACAGCAAGUGGCAGAACAUCCACUUCCACUGCUCAGGCGCACCAGCCGCUCCACUCCAGUGAGGUAU